AUGCAAAGAGUCUCUGAAUACCUUAUCUUCUCCCAACUGAAGCGCCAAAAUGGAUGCGCAGAGCCACGAAAGUACCCUCACAAAGACCCUAUUCUUGGCCUUGACCUUUUCUUAGAAUCAGGGAAAGUCAUGAAAUCAAAUAGCCUACUGGCAUUCAAUCAUCGUCUUUUUGACACUUAUGGGAAAACAUUUCAAUAUAAUUCAUGGGGCCACAUAGCGAUCAGGACCAUGCAACCAGAAAAUAUUCAAGCUGUCUUGUCAACUUCUUUCGGAGCCUUUGGAGUUGUGCCUCUCAAAGUGAAGCCUUCAAAGAAUCAAAAGCCGGAAAGUGGUAACCCGUUAAUGUCAAAGGGUAUUUUUACGGCCGAUGGUGUUAUAUGGGAACAUGCUCGGUCGCUAAUUAAACCAACCUUUUCCAAGCACCAAAUUACCAAUUUUUCAUCCUUAGAGGGGCAUUUCCGGAAGCUCUUGGAUCUGAUUCCUCGCGAUAAUUCGACGGUGGACCUGGCCCCGUUGCUGAAACGAUUUAUCCUCGACACCUCCACCGAGUUCCUUUUUGGAAAAUCUGUUGAAUGUCUUUCACCCACUACAACCUUUGACUCAAAACAAUUUCUCGACGCAUUUGACAUUUCAAUGCGUGGCCUCGGUGAAAGGCUGAUGCUCGGCAAGUUUUCUUUUAUCAAGGGACGCGAUCAACCAUACAAAGAUGCCGUGAAGACGGUUCAUGCUUACAUUGAUGGUCAUGUGGAGAGGGCUUUAGCUGAGCAACAAGAUCAUAAAGCUGAAAAGCUGGAUGCAAAUGAAAGAAACCACAAGGGAAAACGUUAUAUUCUUCUUAACGAAAUGGUAAAGGAAACGCAAGAUCCAGUUGAACUACGGUAUAGCUUGCUUAAUGUAUUUUUCCCGGCUCAUGACGCCACCGCUGUUGCGGUCAAUAACAUACUCUUUCAUCUUGCACGCGAGCCCAAAAUCCAAGCCAGGCUCAGGGCAGAUAUUAUGGCGGCAACGAAGUCCCAGCCGCUCAGCUUUGAACUUCUUAAAUCCAUCAAAUAUCUACGCUACAUAUUUAACGAAGGUAUCCGCCUUCAUACCCCUCCAAACCGUCUCCUUCGGAUCUGCCAUAAAGACACUGUCCUCCCCGUCGGCGGCGGCGUAGACGGAAAAUCCCCCAUUCUGGUAAGGAAAGGGACAAAUAUUCAGCUACAUACUCAAGCAAUGCAUGUAGAUCCCGACAUCUGGGGCGCAAAUGAUGCACAUGUCUUCCGCCCCGAGAGAUGGGAAACAGCUCGACCAACAUGGGAAUAUCUGCCCUUUGGCGGCGGGCCACGUAUCUGCCCUGCUCAGCAAAUGACGUAUACCGAAUCGGCAUUUAUUAUUGUGAGGCUAUUCCAGGAGUUCAAGGAGAUCCGAAGUCGAGAUGUGGAACCAUGGACGGAAAUGCAUAGGAUGAUAGUGGAAAAUAAGAAUGGAUUGAAGGUAAUGCUGGUUCCAGCGUAA